GAAUUGAGCUCGAGUGGUUUUUCACAGCGUCCGUGAAAUGCUGGAUUGAGCAGACUGUCUUCGCAACGUCUGGGUUGUAAUAUUACAGCGUGUUUCGUCUCUGUUUUUAGUACGUGGUACAUCAAUAUUUACCAGUACAUGUAAUUGUGUCAGUUUCGGUGGGAAAAUGGCAGAUAUACUGGAGAUCGACCCCGAUUUUGAGCCGCAAAGUCGUCCGCGAUCGUGCACAUGGCCCCUCCCCCGACCCGAUUUCAGCGCACAGAAACCAUCGCCUCCGCCGUCGGAUCAAGCAGCUACACCUGAGACCGAGAUUCCACAGGAAGGCAUCGAAAUAAAACAAGAUCAGAGUACACCUAGUCGUAAGAAUUCUUCACGGAGGAAUGCCUGGGGAAAUUUGUCAUAUGCCGAUCUGAUCACCAAAGCUAUUGAAAGUGCACCAGAUAAACGAUUGACCCUAUCACAGAUUUACGAAUGGAUGGUCAAAAGUGUGCCGUAUUUCAAGGAUAAAGGCGAUAGCAACAGUUCGGCUGGAUGGAAGAACUCUAUUCGCCAUAACCUGUCAUUACACAGCCGUUUUGUCAGAGUUCAGAAUGAGGGAACUGGGAAAAGCUCCUGGUGGAUGAUAAAUCCGGACGCCACUAAGACUGGUAAAUCGUCUCGCCGUCGUGCAACCAGCAUGGACACCAGCAACAAACAAUUUGAAAAGAAACGUGGUCGUGCCAAAAAGAAGGCUGCCGAACUUGCAGCAAAAUUAGCCGCUGCUGGUGAACGGCCCAAGUGGAGUCCGCAGACCCCUGAUGGUAGCGACACCGGUAUGGUAGAGUCACCGCUGCCAGCUUUCCAAUUAAGCCCAGAUUUCCGCCCUCGAACAAGUUCAAAUGCAAGCAGUUGUGGCCGCCUAUCCCCCAUCAUGGCUAACCAAGAAUUGGAUGACAUGCAUGACAACGAAGUGCCACCGAUGUCUCCUGGGCCAAUUGACUGGAACAGUACAGUGCCAGUCUCAAACUACCCUGGAGCAGAAUUGUUACGUCAAACGACUGACCAGUUGACAAGUGCAUUAGCUGAAACGAUGACACUUAAUUCUCCAGAUCCAAUGACUAUUGACCAGUUGACACUGUCACCUCAGCCGCAGAUCCAGCCAGCGCAGUCGCCAAGUCCAGGAUUACCGGCAGUGUAUACCAAUCAGAACGGCAGCACAUUCACACUAUCAACACAGGCGCCGACUUUUGGAACCCAAAAUGUCACAUUGGCUAAUACUUCUUUGUUCUUACCUUACAACACACAAUCCGGCCUGUGCAUGACUCAAGCUGGACAGACGUCACCAUCUUCCUUGGGAAUGAUCUCUGAAAACCCAUCCCCGCCACAGCUCAGCAUGUCUAACAUCCAACAAGUCUCUCAGACCCCACUGAAUGAAGCCAUGAUUUCCCAAAAUGAUCCUAUCCUACCUUCGGACUUGAUCAUUUCACAACAAGAUCCCAUGCUUUCGCAAAUUUCUGGAAAUGACUUGAUGCUGCAGUCAGAUCCUAUGUUAUCCAUGGCACAGGAACAGAAAUAUGUUCCCAGUCGCUUGAAUUUCAAUAUACCUUCUAGCGUCAAUCUUACCCAACCUAAUGUGAUGACAGGAUUUGGAAACAACUUGCAGCCAUUCCAACAACAGCAACAACAACAACAACAUAGUCGCUUACUGGCGCAGCUGAUAGGUGGAAAUGCCUUACAACAACAGUUGCAGCAGCAGCAGCAGCAGCAGCAACAACAACAACAACAGCAGCAGCAGCAGCAACAACAACAACAGAUGUUGUCUAACCAGCGCACAAAUUUUAGUAUGCUGCAGAGUAUGAACAUGAACAUGAACAUGCCCGGAUUGGCCACUGACCAGCUGACAAAUAUGCAUGAUAAAUUUCCGAGUGACUUGGAACUGGACAUGUUCAAUGGAGGACUUGAGUGUGAUGUUGACAGUAUUAUACGCAAUGAACCCGAUAUCACUGAAACUGCUGCUUUGGAUUUCAAUAAUUUGGAGGGAAAUACCUCAUCAACAAUGGGAAUGAAUCUCACGUUCUCUACUAGUAGCGCUACAUCUUCGUCUACCCAAAGUUGGGUACAUUAACCAGGAAGUCACAAUUAGUCGAUAGUUAGGUCAGAAAUCAUACCAGGAUAAUGUACUUGUUGUGUUUGAGCUGCCAACCAAGUACAAGUGAGACAAAAACAAAGAAAUUGGAUUUGUUUGAGUACAAAGAGCAAUGUUCAACUAUCCUGCGACAAGUAAGAAACUGAUUGCUGUUUUACUUGCAGUUCAACAUUGUUCAAAAAGUAUCUCUUUAUUUUUAUAAUCAAGGGUGAACAAUUUAUUGUAUGUAGCAAUUACACAAUUUAAGAUAAUAGUACCAAAAAAGUCAGAUCACUGUACAAUCCUUUCCAAAUUUUAUUUCAUGUUUCUUUUUAUUGUUAAUGUAAAUAUUUUUAGGUGACAAAUGUAAAUACAGUAGUGUGUACAGAAAGUAAAUAGAUUGGAAAUCGGACUACUGGGGUGACCAACCUAUCCUCCCCUGUUAAAUUAAUGGAAUGAUCUACUUGGAUUGUGCCAUGUAUAUUAAAUAUGGGGGUGGAAGGUUAGCUCUUUUGAGUGUUUUAUAAUAAAGAUAGGUUGCUAAUAAUGUCCAAGUGAGAUCCUCAUGAAGGUUGCCUUCGAACCCCAAAUUCAUAAUGGAAUGGUCAAUUGUAAAUGUUUUUUUCUUAUUCCACAUAUCAUGUGUUACCAGAUUUUCAUACAUCAUUUUAUACCUACCCUUCCUAUUACCACAGUAGAAUAGUCUACUGUUGUCACUAUUCAGGUCUUUCCACAACAAAUAUAGGGGCGGAAGGUUAAAUGAUUUGUGUACAAAUACUGCUAAGAAUUAAUAGUUGAUGCUAAUAUUACUGCACUGCACAAAUACAUUUUGUAAAUUUAAAAAAAAAAAAAAAA